UCUCCUUUUCUCUCACUCACACACAAACACUAUAAGAUCUCAAGACCCUUUGCUGUGGUUCUGAUAUCUGCAUAAGACACACUCAUCUUCUGAAGGAUGGCCAGGACUCAUACCCUCCUACUCACACUGCUGCCCACCAUCCUCAUUCUAAUUGUUCUGGCCAGGGUUGAAAGUGCAGCCGUUAGAGAUGGAAAAGACAGUGAAGCUCAAACAGGAGCACCUAAACAAGUUUUCAUGCCAGCUUCUGAUGCCUCAAACUUCUUCAAACGCCGCGGUCGCAGAUCCCCGAGAUCUUAUGAAGAGUACUAUGCGGAGCAGAGGGUGAAGAUGGCUACAAACCAACGAAUGAGAGAGCUCUUAGAGGAACAAAACAACAAACACGAGAACUAUUUAGAGGAGGAGCGCGAUGAACAGUACGAGAGGACCAGAGAGAAGAACGAGCAGUGGAGACAAUUCCACUAUGAUGGGCAGUACCCACGAUACCCUCAACGCCACCGCUACUACGUCUGAACACAUACAAGCACGUGCAGUGCCUUGGAAAGCAGAUAACUAUUGUUUGAGGAAUACUUUCACUACAUAAUGUAAUUAUUCUAUUAUUCAUAAGCACUUACAGAUUAAAUCCUCUUAACACAUCUAUAAUAAAAGGGUUUGCUUUGAAAUGUGACAAUUUAAUCUAAUUGCUUAUCUUUACUUUAUUAUUGGAUUCUUUAUCAAAACAUUCAUGAUCAGUUUGUGAUUUUAAGCUUUUUUCCAAGAGCAACUCCUUAUUUCCUUGUUCAGUAAUUACAUCCAGCUGUCAUCUGACCUCCAUUUUUAAUAACUUUUGGUCUUUACUGAAGUGUGAAUAAAGCUCUUUUCAUUUUCCA